AUGAACAGUCUCCGAAUGCUUGAUCACGACGAGGAGAAUGACGAGGCUGAGGAAGUUACCUGGGAGGACCAGCAACGCAUAAACACCUUCUCGAAACUCAAUACGCGUCUCCAAAGCAUGAAGGACAAACUAGUUGAGCUCGAACACGAAAAAGACGCGCUCAAAGACCUGUCUGAGGAGUUUGAGAUGAUAUUGGACGAAGAUGAACCCGUUCUCUACAAAAUUGGCGAGACAUUCAUCCAUAUGCCCUUGCCCCGCGCCCGUAAACGCCUUGAAACUGACAAAUCGGAGGUCGAAGCACAGGUUGACACGCUCACCAGCUCUGUGAAGGCUUGCGAGGGAGAGAUGCAGCAGCUCAAAGUCAUUUUGUAUGGAAAAUUCAAAUCUGCUAUCAAUUUAGAUUGA